CUCAGCUAUUUCCAAUACAAAACCCACAAAACCUGGAAUUCACACCCAAAAAAAAAAAAAAAUCCCAAAAAAAACAUUUUCCUGAAAAAUUCAAUUCUCAGCUCUGGCAUCUCACAAAAAAAAUCCCAAGUCUUUGUUUCAGACAUUAACAAGUUCACACCACAAAGAAACCAAAUACUCCAAAAUGGUGUACUCUUACACACCCGCAUACUACUCCACUCUCCAUGACUCAAUAACCUCUCUGUGCAAGACCAUUCUGCCUUUUGGGUUCAAGAAGAGGCCACGCUUGCCGGCCUCAGAUCGAAAGCUCUCAAAGCUGCAGUCAGAUAAUCUGAAAUGGCAGCAAGAUUCUUUUCACCAGAUUAUGAACCUUAUGGGUCUUCACAAAGAAGGGAUUUUGGCUGAGACUGAGGUUUCUGCUUUUCGAACUCAUUUGCUUGAGACCCUUAUCGCUUCUCCGGCAGAGCAAGAGCAGCCGGUUAUUUUGAGAGAUAAGUUGCUAUUUUUGCAGGAACUCCUUUAUGCAAAAUGCAUUUCAGCUGAUGAGUACCAUUCCUCAAAGAGGCCUUUGUUACAAAGACUGGCAGUUCAAGGAGCUGAAAUUGAGGCCAAAGAUGUAAUUGUUGCAGGGCCAAGAGAUCCAAAAGAAAACUCAGAUGAAGAAUGGUCUGUGAUUGACUUAAAGGAUGAGCAUUGUUUGCUAAACAAAGAGAAUUCCAAUUCCAAGAAUAAAUCAAAGCACGGCUCGGCAAUUAAGCAGCUCAAAGGAGCAGCCUCAGCUUUCAGCUUUCACAAACCGGGAAAGAACAAAGAAGAGAAGAGCAUAUUCGAUUUGGCCUCUGUACAUUUAAGCUCAACCGAGUCAAAAUUCAAUUCCCCUGCAUCUGCUAGGAGUGAAAUGUGGCAAUCCAAAGAAAACCCAUUUUGGGAUAGUCAUUUGAAGCACAAAGAAAGUGAGACAAAUUCAAUUCUAAUGCCCGAAAGCUUGCCACCACCGGAGUCAGUGAAGAGGAAACCUUUUAGGACACUGUUUCAUAAAGAACAGAGAGAAGGGCAUGGGGGUGGUAGUGGUGGUAUUGGUGAUCAUGAAAAUGGUCCUGAUUCUGAGGAAAAAGCAGCAAAAUCGGUAAAAAAGCAAUGGGGGUUUAAGAAAUGGAAGAGAAAUGACUCGGAUGAUGAGACAGCUCCUCUGCCUCUCAAUGAAAGAUCAGACAGUCAGGCUUAUUUGGAGUCAGGCAGGCUUGUCUCAAGCCCUAUGGGCGUGGGGCCUGACACGAAAAUGAUCAAAAGGAAGUUGCAUUCCGAUGGUUCUCCUUCUGAUUUCUUCAUAGAUAAGGUCUUAGGGGAUAAUAUAAAGAAGGAGCUGUCAAGAAUCCAAACAGAACUCUGCACCACAAACCCCAAUCUUCAAUUCUCGAAUGAUCAAAUUGAUGCAAUUUCAACCCAGCUUCCUGUCGACAAGGCUGACCUGAAAAAAUUCUUUCCCAAAUCGUGGUGCGAUCGAUAUGGUGAUGUUGUGUUGGAUGUCGUGAAGAAAGAAUUCAAAGACCACGUCGGAGAGAUGGAGAAUAUGCGAAAUGCUGCCAGAGAGAAACAUAGCAGCAACUCAAUGCGGUGGACAACAUUUGAAGAUGAUGAGAACUGUCACCCCAAUCUCUUCAGUCAUAAUAAUGAUAAUCCAUUCUCUAGUAAUGCUAACAGUAGCAAGGGCUUCCAAAACAAUCCUUUCUUUCAUGAUUACACAGAAAGCAAUGGAAAUAAGCUGAGAUCUGAAUCAGCUAUUCUCCAAGAACAAAAUCCCUUCUGGACACCAAGGCAGGGCUCUUCUUUGAUGGGUUAAGUUUUUUACAUAUGUUUCUUCUCUCUUUCCCGAGAGUACCCUAUCAGUUUACUUUUAUGUAGUACCCAAUAGGGAGACUUGUAAGUAGUACCCUAUAUCAGUUUACUUUUAUGUACCAUAUGAACCAUGAAAGACUCUUCAAGUAAUUCAAA